CAGCUUGUUUAUAAGGAAGUGAGCACUCUGCAGCAGCUUCAUACUUUGCCUCUCUUUGUGCGGAUGAAAGAGUAUCUAGCAUCAGAAGCCAUGAGAGCUCUUGUCCUGUUUGUGUGCCUGUCAGCAUGCUGCCUAGCUCAGAGACCACGGCGAUGCACAUCUCCACCACUGCUGACUGGAAAAUUCUCUGUGUCCACCCAAAGUGAGAAACUGCUGGCUUUUGCCAAGUACAGCUAUGAUGCACUUGGAAAGCGCAUCCGCCUCAGGGAGUUUGGAUCUUAUGACAAUAAGACCUUCCAUCUUGACGUACUUCUUCUCUACAGACAGGGUGUUGUGUAUAAAAUUAACUACAGGAACCACACAUGUUGCAAGAAGCCACUGAGCGUAGACUUCCACCCACUGGAGAUCCCACAGAAUUCUACUCUGCUGGGACAGGUCGUGUUGGGAAGCUCUUCUGGUCCAGGACAGGGAGUCCUGGUCAACACCUGGGCAGGAGAGCUGCCGCUAAAAGAGGGAAUGGCAAAAUACGUGAGCACUGUCACUGAGUUUGGAUGUAUUCCUGUCAGCACUCUGUUUCACUCCGAUAGAACUGGAUGGAUGGUGACCAGCUUUUUCAACAAUGUCAUUGGACUGGUGGACCCUCAAGACCUCAUCCCUCCACCUUUCUGUAAGGAUGCCCAGCUGGAGGUAGCAGAAGGAGAGGAUCCAGUGACCUUCUUCAGCUUGUUUUAAAACACAUCACUGCACACUGUGAUGAUUACUGUGAGAUUCUUUGUACUUCAUUUGCACUGCUAUUGCUUUUUCAAAUGGCUUCAUUGCUGUAGUCGCAUCUGUGACCAAACUGUUGAUGUAAUUAUGCAAUCAAUUAAUUAAUCAAUACAUUUUUGUAAGUGAAAUUUUCUGUAGAUUUAUUGUGUCUUUUGUACCAGAAGUCAUUUAUUACAAAUACAGAGCAAGUAAGUAAGUAAAGUAGUAGUUUUCUGCCGCUCAUUGACUCUCAAUAAAAAACAAAUGACACAAAUAG